UAUAAAUUGAUAUUGCAACGUAUCAGUCAGUGCUACGUAGAGGUAGAUGAAGAUUAGUGAAGUUAAAACCACGAGACAGAAAACAAUAAAUGAAUUAGAACCAUGAACUUUGUUCGUCUGAGUCGUUUGUGUGACGUAUUAAACCAGGAUAUUCCUUCGUGUCUGUGCUACCCGGUUAACUCGGUACUAUCAACUCUCGUCGUCCACCACUUAUGUUUGCUGCUGGAGCCUAUUUUUCCUAAGAUAUAGGCCUAAUAGCUGCAAUCGUAAUAAGAGAGUAAUAACUAACAAGAUGAAUUCAGCAGAUUCAACGGACGAUUCGCAUUACGAUUUGACUUCAGACGCCUUCAAACAUGAUCACUCAAUUGACCCAAAAUUCGACUUAAUUUCUCGGUGUUUUGAUUACCAAUUCAGACUGUCUCGAUCAGCAAUAAUUAAUAAAUGAAAAGAGUGCCUCGCUAAUGUUAUAUAAUGGACGCCUCACUUCUCAGCACUCGACCAAAUAUGCCUCCUAUCACCAGAUCAGACAAAUUCAAAUUCAGAACGGUCGUGGUAUUGUAUCAUUGGAUGGUUAUGUGUCUAUUUACUUUAGAAGGCCGUGUUGUCAAUGCAAAACCGGAUUUCAGCUACGAACCACAACCAUACCUCAGUAUUAAAGAAGGCUCAUCAGUUUCAAUGGCAUGUCUUUUAAAUAAGGAAGCAGCAGACUCGUUUAAAGUCGUCUGGACGAAGGACUCUUAUUACAUCGAAAAUCAAAAUCGUUUCUCUGUAAGUAAAGUUAACGAUCGACAGUAUACAUUACAAAUUGAUCCUGUAAAGAGAGAAGAUGAAGGAAUAUACAAAUGCGUUGGUAAUAAGGAAAAUGGUACAUUGUAUGAUACUAUAUUCACAUCUGGAUGUCAGUUGCUUGUGAUAAAAAUUCCUGGUCCUCAAUAUCCAGAAGUAUGUCUCUCACAGACUCGGUACAAUAUCGGACAAAAUAUCAUUGCUUAUUGUAUUAGUGAACGUGUCGACACUCCGUCAAAUUUAACCUGGGUUAAUAGUCCAGACGUAGGUAUAAUUGAGCCAAUUGAAAAUAGUUCUUAUGUCGGUGUAAAGAUUCGCUUUAAGGCUGUCGAGAAAGUGAAUCAAACUACGAUUCUCUGCAAAAUGACUGUAGAUGGUGUUGCUGUACCGAGGUUUAAACGUUCUAUGCCGAUCGUUGUCAAUCCUAUUCUACAAAAAGUUGUCACUAGUUUUGAAAGCGCAUCCAUCAGUGCAGUUGUACUCACAAACAGUUUAUAUAGUAGAGUACCGGUAAUUGAAGACACAAUUCCUUCAAAUGCAGACGGAAUUGAAUACAUGUCCUUAAUAAAAAUGUUUACAUGUUUACUUGUGUUUUCGAUACUAUAGCCAAAUAAAAACAAUAUUGAUUGUUAAUACUUAUAAUAUUUCCAUUUUUAGCCUUUUUGUAGCGUAGAAUAUUGCGUGUCCAUACAUGAAAAGCUAUGUUAAGCAGCGUGUCAUUUCCUGGUCGGUUUUACAAAACUUAGUGGAACUGGUCUAAGGUGAUGGGCCAGUCUAAUACAACAAUAAUACAUGGUUAUUAGACUCUUCUUUAAAAAUAAUGUCCAAUCAACACAUUUUUAGAUAAUUUUCAUCAUUUUACAUUCUAGAAGUAAAAGUGCUAGCGCAUCGGUUGUAGCUUGGACUCCCAACCUCGGGGGUUCGAAACUCUCGCUGUGCAAAUCGCUUGUGUCCUUGGGCAAAGCACUUUAUCUACGGUUGCCUCUCUCCAUCCAGGAGUACAAGUGGGUACCUGGUAGGU